AUGUGCGUUGGUAGCGCAGUGGCUGUGGCGCCGCUCGCUAUUCGGAAGGACCUUGGUUCGACCCCAUGCACCGCCCAACACAGGCGCCUUGAGGAAUGGGUAGUGCUGAGUGCACGGGGACUAGACACAUCUAUACUUGGCCUACACGAGUAUAUGUUUGAACGCCAGAAGUCUUAUGGAGCACCUCACCCACGACUCAGUGACGCGAGGAACAGUGAAACACCUGGGAGAGGCCCAAUUAUGGGAAACGUCAGACUCAAGGAUUGCUCCGUUGGUCUUCAUCUGAACCUUGAACAUCCUUGCACAUCAGCACAGUACGUUACAAUCGACGGCGUCAAACUACUAAUCUAA